AUGACUCCCAAAGGAAUAAGCAGCAAAUCUAUUGGAAUUUUUCGACAGUUUUUUGCUACCGCAUGCCUGGGUCCACUAACGUAUGGAGCAGAUAUGGGGUGGAGUUCUCCAGUUUUGCCCAGACUGGAAAGUCUGGGUCUUACGGUCAAUGAAAGCUCGUGGAUUGGAGCGAUGUUAGCGAUUGGUGUUUUUAUCACGGCCAUUCCCUCCGGUUACCUCGCGGACCGUUUCGGCGUCAAGAGCUGCACCAUAGCCUCGGCCGUGACGACGCUGAUCGCCACGGUGAUCAUGUUCCUCACGUCGAACUUCUACUGGCUGUGCGUUGCUCGAUUUCUCGCCGGCGUUACGAUCGGCGGAGUGUCCGUUGUUGGACCCAUGUACAUUUCCGAAAUAUCGGACGUAGAGCAGAGAGGGACGCUGGGGUCAUUCUUCGAACUGAUGAUUUACCUCGGCGUAUUUCUUGUGACCGUUUGUGGCGCUUAUGUGAAGUACUUUGUAUUAAAUUUAAUUGUAGGUAUAUUGACGUUAACUACCGUCAUUAUUGUCGUCUUUUUACCGGAAAGUCCGACCUAUUUAAUGAGUUUGGGCAAACAAUCGGAUGCUGAAAUGGUUUUUAAAUUUUACAGAGGCUGUAAUAUUCACGCGGAUAAUCUCUUAAGGGACGCACGAGGAGACAUAGGGAAGACAUCUAGAAAACAUCUUGGUAUUGGGAAAUCUCUGUACAGUAAAGGGACCACGCGUGGUUUCAUCGCUUGCAUUGGCCUCUCAAUCUUUCAGCAAUUAUCUGGGGUUGACACUUUCGUCCUUUACUCGGUCCCGAUCUUUGAGAUGAGCGAUAGUGAUAUAGAUGCGUAUACUUCAGGUAUAGUGAUAGCUGCAGUUCAAAUGUGUGCGUCAGGGGUUGCUGUUUUCAUAGUAGAAAGGGUACGUAGAAGACUGCUGCUGUUCAUCUCGACUAUCGGCUCCGGAUUGUCUUUGGCGCUUUUAGGUGCUUAUUUUCACAUGGAAACGAAUAACGUCAGCUUGCCUGGUUUUAAUGCAGUUCCCGUGGUGAGCUUUGCGGCAUUUUCUCUGAGUUAUGCGGUUGGUUUGGGGCCAGUGUUGUGGAUGAUUUGCGGUGAGCUGUUUUCAGAGGAAAUUAAAGUUGGAAAAAUUUUUCCAGUUGCAGCAACAAGUUUGGGGCCUCAUUACACGUUUUACUUUUUUGCCGUUUGUAUGGUCGCGUGCAUUGUGUUUAUAAAAUUUUGCAUCCCCGAAACUAAGGAUAAAACGUUGGAAGAAAUACAAAGAGAACUUAACGCUUAG